AUGAUUGGGAAAGUAUUAACGAGACAUUUCGGAAACAGACGGAUUUUAGUGAUAGUUUUAUUCGUUGUUGUUGGUUUUGGAAUACCUUCGCACGCGCGCAUGAAAGUGCCUGCGGGCUUGACCCCCUCUGCUAAGUCUUCCAACCAAACGGAGGUGAUCGAAAGACUGUCCAGGUUUUUCGGGAUAGAUAGGGUCCCGGCCCGGGUUAUCCAUAAAUCCCCUCCCCAGUUUAUGAUCGACCUGUACGCUAGCAUCACAGAACCGGGAGGAUUGGUCAAACGGGAAAGCCCAUACAGGGCUGACGUUAUCAGGAGUUUCCCUGACAGAGAAUGGCGCCAACAGAUGCAUUUCUACUACAAUGUAUCGUACUUAUCAGAGGGAGAAAAAUUAUUAGCUGCUGAAUUCCAUAUAUUUAAACUGAACCCUCGACCAUCCUCAGAAGGAGAGCAGAUGCCUUCACACGUUAUAGAGAUUAAAGUUUACCAAGUUUUGGAUCCGGAAAAUAUUAAUUCUCCACGUGGAUUAAAAUUAUUAGAUGCAAAACGGACUAGUGCACAUCUUCAUGGAUGGUUUGUGUUUCAAGUGAAAAAUGCCGUCAAUGAAUGGAUCAACGGAUCGGCAGUAAAUUAUGGAUUUUUAGUAACGACAACCUCUCCAAGUGGACGACACGUGAACGGAAGUUACGUACGCUUCGCUCAACGAAAGGAACAUCACGAGAGCAAACAACCAAUCUUGGUUGCGUACACAGAUGACGGCAUGACACGUCAUCCAAGCUACAUCUCACCUACAGAUGAAAAUUAUAUGCAAAUUAAAAAGGACAUAUUAAAGAAGCAGAGACAGAGAAUGCGACAGUUUAAGGGGAAAGAUUUUCGUCAAGCAAUUCGGCUUUUGAACGAAAAAGAGCGAGAAGAAGAUCAGCUUAGAAACAAACAUUUGCAGAAGAUAUUAGGAACGACAGAACAGACACGGCGACGGAGGAGUGUCGCGCAGGAUAGUGUGACUACGUCGAGUACAUCAGGAAUGGAAAAGGUAAAAAAGAAAUUAACAAAGGAAGAGAGGCGUCUGAGAAAACAAAGACGUCGAGAGGAAAGACGAAGAAAGCGACAGAAACGUAAACGUAACAAAAAGAAAGGAAAAGACAAAAGAGCUCUGGAUUAUUUCCGGCCGUAUCGACGUCAGCGGAGGAACUGUGCUCGCCACCAGAUGUACGUAGAUUUUGACGAAAUUGGCUGGUCAGGGUGGAUAAUCUCACCCAAGGGCUACAACGCAUAUCAUUGCAAAGGGGCGUGUCCUUUUCCCCUCGGUCAGAGUCAAAAACCAACGAACCAUGCGACUGUUCAAAGCAUAGUUCAUGCACUUAAAGUUGGGAAGGACGUUUCAACGCCAUGCUGUGUUCCCAAUAAGUUGUAUUCUAUAAGUCUGCUUUAUUUUGAUGAUGAUGAAAACGUUAUUUUAAAACAAUAUGACGACAUGGUCGCCGCCAGCUGUGGGUGUCAUUAA